AUGUUGCUUGGCGGGCGGAAGAUGCCGGGGUGGCGCGGCACCCUCCUGGCGCUGAUGACGUUCCUGGCGGAAGCCCCGCCCACCCUCCUGUCCACGGGAAAUCUCCCAGAGGAAUGCGGAAGAAGGAAGGUAGUGAAUGAGCCGGCAACUGGCAUGCGUAUUAUUGGUGGUCGCAAUGCUCAGGCCGGCGCAUGGCCAUGGCAAGUUAGUCUUCAGAUUCACCACAGGAGUAGAGGAUAUCUUCACCUCUGUGGUGGAAGUUUAAUCAAUGAGGCCUAUGUGCUGUCAGCUGGACACUGCACAGUAAAGGUCUUGAAUCCAGGGAGGUGGAGGGCUGUAUUUGGUCUCCAUCACCUUUAUAUGAAGACAAAUUAUACUAUAAUCAGACAGAUUGAGGCUAUCCUGAGACACCAUGACUUCAACAAAAUAACCCAGGAGAAUGAUCUUGCUUUGUUUAAACUAAGCAGGCCUGUCAAAUACAAUGACUAUGUUCAGCCCAUCUGCAUAUAUAACUCUUCUCAUCUCUUGACCGAUGAGACUCCCUGUUUCAUAAGUGGAUGGGGAAUGACAAGGGAGAAUGGUUCAGCAUCUUAUAUAUUACAAGAAGCUCAAGUAAAACUUUUCCCACUAAAAAUCUGUAAUAGUGGAAGUUGGUAUAUGGGAACUAUAUCAAAAAAUAGUGUUUGUGCUGGUUCUGAAAGCGGAAAUGUUGAUACCUGCCAGGGAGACAGUGGUGGACCUCUGAUGUGCUACUUCCCAAAUGAGGACAAGUAUUAUGUGAUAGGAAUCACAAGUUAUGGAUAUGGUUGUGGACGACCUAGGAGUCCAGGAAUUUAUGUACGUUUAGCCAAGUACACCGAUUGGCUAGAUUCAACGCUUCAAAACAGAACCACCACUCUGGGCAGUCACCAUUUGCUUAUCUUUCUCACUGUGUUAUGGGUUGCUUUCCAUUAUUCUAAAGUGAUCUCAGGCUAGUUUUUAAGCAUGCCCUUUUAAAACAUUGUUCAAAAUAUUAUUUUACAAUGUGGUAGGGUUUAUAAUCUUUUAUUUUAUCCACAGAAAUUCACAAAUAAAUGUCAGUCAUUAUUUUAAAAUGU